CUCGGCGCAUUACGCUGCGUUUCCACCAUGGAGACCAUUCGCGGGCUCCUUUGGAAGCCAACGCCCGAGGAGCAGAAGCGCAAAUGCAAUGCCCUUGUCCGUCAAAACGUACGCAAGUUGGACCGCGAUAUUCUCCAGCUCAAGCAAACCGAGCAAAAAACAAAAAACUUCAUCCUCCAAUCCUCGAAGCGCGCCCAGCGCAACCCCUCCAUGGCCAAGCAGGCUAAUCAAGACGUGCGCAUCUUCGCCCGGGAGCUCAUACGUGUGCGGAAACAAAGCGGACGGCUGAACACAAGUAAGGCGCAGCUGCAGAGCGUGCAGAUGCAGGUCAACGAGGCUUUCUCUGUGCGCAAGAUUGAGGGUAGCAUAAGAGCCUCAACGGGCAUCAUGAAGGACGUCAAUUCUCUUGUGCGGCUCCCAGAGCUGACGGGUACGAUGCGAGAUCUCUCCUCUGAGCUGAUGAAGGCGGGCAUCAUCGAGGAGAUGGUGGAUGAGACGCUUCCGGACAACGAAAUGCUGGAAGGUGAGGACGACGAAGCCGAAGAGGAAGUGGACAAGAUACUGUCCGAGAUUUUGAAAGACAGGUUACCCGCUAGCAAAGCACAAGAAGACACUCUUCCCACUGCUCCUGUCGAAGUUCAGCCUGAGGAGGAAGAUCAAGAGGAAAUGCUAGCACAGAUGCGUGGAAGACUAGAAGCACUCAAGAGUUGA